AUGUACCCUAGGAUAGAUAAUGUACUAUACGUAAACCUUCGGAAAUGACCUUUCAAGGUUAGUUGUACAUACUAGAGUUGUACAUACUAGGAUCCGUUGAAGCGUGAAUCAACACGGCACAUCCCGGCUGGAGCAUGCGAGAGCUGACUGCUCCUUCGACGACGGUUGAAGCAACAGAGAUGGAAGUCCAACGUGGUCGUCACAUGGCGCGGGAUGUUCAAAUGUUCACGGGUGACUUCCACACGUAGACGGCUUGGCACUAUCUGAACGUUUGGGAUGCUGCAGUACGAGCUCGUGUCGUCCUCCGACGGCGCCGCUCUUUCGACCCGGUCAAGCACCAUGCUUCCCGACGAACAGCAGGGUGACGUCGGUGAAUACGACCCAGCGAUCCACAGACGCACGCUCUGGAAAUUGGACUGCUUGCUUCUCCCGUUCCUGGCGCUGCUGUUCCUCUUCAACUCGCUAGACAAGUCCAAUAUUGGCAAUGCGGAAUCCGCGCAUUUUACCAGGGACGUUGGUCUCCGCUCGAGCGACUUGAAUACCGCGGUUGCGCUCUUCUUCGCAUUCUUUGUUGCGCUGCAGCCCGUCGGGGCGGCCCUGGGUCGGAGAUAUGGCAUGGUGGCAUGGGUGCCGUCGUGUAUGCUGCUCUGGGGCAUUGCAACGGCUCUGCAUGUCUGGGUGCGUGCGAGGUGGCAGCUGUACGGACUGCGUAUCGCAAUCGGCUGUCUAGAAGCUGGAUUUUACCCUGUUACGGUGUCGUACCUUAGCCUCUUCUACACGCGGUUCGAGUUUGGACGUCGCCUCAGUCUGUUUUAUGGACAAGCUGCCGUUGGGGGAGCGUUAGGAGGGCUGAUCAGCUUUGCUGUUUUCUCUCGGUUUCGGGAUGAUCUCGCUGAGGGUGGAAAGGAUGUGCACACUGCUUCGAGCGUCGGUUGGAAGUCCUGGCAGAUUCUCUUCUUCCUGGAGGGAGUUCUGACGAUUAUUGUGGCCGUAGUGGGAUACUUCUGGCUUCCUCAUAGCGCAGGGACGGCCUGGUUCCUUAGCCCGGACGAGCGUGAGUAUGCAACGCAAAGGGUGAUUCUAGAUCGAUCUGCCCAGUCUGAGACGACGGAGAGCCUAAGAGACGGGACUGAGGAAGGUCACGAGUGCGAUGAGGAGUCGCGUGGAUUGCUCAGCCGUUCAAAACGCACGACUACGAUAGCUUCAAGUGUCACGGACGACCGAGGGCUCGCACCCCACGACGUUGUAUCGGCUCUGUUCUCGCCUCGGAUAUGGCAUAUCCUCGCAUGCAAUAUUCUCUCCGCGGUCCCGGUCUACGCCUUCCAAGUCUUCCUCCCUCUGGUCCUGGCGCCACUCACCGAAACACCUAACCCUGCGUUGAUCAAUCUGCUAACCGCUCCCCCAUAUAUCUGUGGAGCAGUGACUCUAUACUUCUUCGCCAGCUAUAGCGACCGACAUCGAAAGCGGAUCCUGCCCAUUCUCUUCGGUCUCGCCUUUCUACUCCUUGGACUCGUGUUCGUAGUCUCCCUUCCCACUUCGCAUGCAUGGGUCAUCCCUCGCUAUCUCGCGCUGAACGUCCUCCUCUCAGGGACGUUCAUCGCGUCACCGCUCACUGUGGCUUGGAUAUCCGGGAACACGCCUUCGCCAGGUAAACGAGCUGUGCUGCUCGGCAUCAAUGGCUGGGGCAACCUCGCCGGGACUCUCAGUGCCCUGAUCUUCGAUCCGAAGUACGCUGCUUCAGGGUACAUAGUACCGUUCUGGUGGACGCUGGGAUGCGUAUCAUGCUCAGCGGUAGGGUACUGGUUUCUCUAUCGGAGUCUGCAGAAGGAAAACGAGAGGAGGAAAGUUUUGCUGAGCACGUGGAGUGAGGAGGAUAUUGAGAAGGAGAAUCUCUACGGGAAGGGUCCUAUGUUGGAUGAGCAUCGGGCGUUACGGGGUGUUGUAACUCUGGUCAGGCGCAUGGGUGUACUUGGAUGGGUGGCUUUGUGGUUGGAGGAAGCUGGUCAGGGAGUGAGAGAAGGGGAUGAGAAGUUGACGUUUGUUUAUGGGCUUUAGAGUGGGUGUAGGUGGGAUAGGGUUUGGUGGUUAGGACACUUUUUGGCGUA